CGUUGUGAUUGGUCAGACGGGUCCACGUUACACAAACCUAAACAGCAGCAGCCAGAGCUCCUCAUCAUCCGAGGCAUCACACGUACCGCACGUAGCCAAGAAAACAAAACUGGGCCGGAUGCGUGAACCAGUGUUUGGAUUCAUUUAUUUUGUGAAGCUCUUCACCGGAUAAUCAGUCUACUAACAGCCAAGCUCAUCAACGCAGCUCUAGAUAGCUCGGCACUGUUUACCACGUCCAACGAGGAGAGUCGGAACCGGGGCUGGUCAUGUGUUUGUCCUUCUGGUAACAGUGUCGCAGCUGCAUCCCAAAACGCGCCCGCACAACGACCUCCGCUCGCCAUGGGUUCCAGACUGAGCAGACAGAGCAGCCUGGACAACGAGAAUUUCUCCAAAAAGCGACGCAGGCUGCAGGACAGCGCCGGAGAGGGCGACAGGAGCGGCCGGGGCGGCGGGGACUUUCUGUUUGCUCUGAUGCUGAAAUCAGACAAGCUGCCCGGGAUGCUGCGCAGGGCCAACCACAGCCCCUACAUGAGGCGGGUGGCGUGGAUCAAUGAGAUCCAGAAACUGCUCAGGGAGCGCAGGAUCGAGCAGGCGACCGAUGUGCUCAAAUUACUGAGGAAGGACCUGGGUUUGGAGGGCACUUCACUGAAUGACAUCUUGUACAAAAAUGCCGCUUUCCUCAACCUAGUGGACCCAAUCUCACACGAACUGCUGCUCAGCUUGGCUCGAGAGAUGCAGUGUCCUAAGAAGGAUGCGAACCCAAUAAAGUCUUCUGAUAAGAUUUGUAGACAGCUGAUCUACCAUCUGACCCCGCACUCAAAGUGGCUGAGGCAGAGCAUGUCCAGGCGGAAAUCCCAGGCCUGUCUCAAAACAACUCUACAGAGAAAGCUGUCCAGCGACAGUGUGGACCUGUCUGGAAUCCCCCUGUCCACUCGUGAUGUCCGACAAGUGGCCUUUUACCUCCAGAACAACAGAGACAGUGUGGUAGCUGUUGACAUCAGCUUCACCGAGCUCACCGACGACAACCUGAGGCUGCUGCUGCCUCUUCUCGCCUCGCUGCCCAAACUCAGCGCCCUAGCUCUCAACGGUAACCGCCUCACCUUGUCCAUCAUCAAAGAUCUCACUGAAAUGCUCAAAGACCCCAAGACGUUCACCAGCCUGGCUUGGAUCGACCUGGGCAACAAUGUGGACAUUUUUACCAUGCCUCAGCCACUGCUGGUGGCGCUGCGCCGGCGCUGCAGCCUGAAGAGCAGCCUGCCGACCAUCUAUGAGUACACAGAGGGUCAGCCCUACUCGUACCACCUGGAGACCUCCAUCGAGGAGCCCAGCCACUACGAGGAGGAGGAGGAAAUAGAGGAGGAUGAGGAAGAUAUGGGGGAUAGAUUUGAGUUGGAGCCAUGGGGUUUGGGGGAUAAACAGCUCUCUAAACAUUAUACCCUUCACUACUGUGAGAGGUGAUGGACCAUUUCCUGUCAGAAGAGCUUUCAGCUGUGGCUGAAAUGAUGUCCCACAGCACUCUGAUACUUCCUUCACCCUCUUGCCCUCACACUGAGAGACUAGUCACCCUUUAACGGCGAUAAGGGAGACCAGUGCCCACAUUGUGAACUAAUGCCACAACACAGCUACUAAGCAAAUCUGAAAUAACCCACACAAGAUGGAGAAAAAAAAUGACAGCCUGGACGGCAGACUUACUGUGUUGGUGGAUGGUGCUCUUGGGACAAAGGUGCGGUUUCAUUGGAGGGUGGCUGGAAGAGUCCAGGAACCAGUUCUCUCUCUCUUUCUACCCUUUAUCCACGCUUAUCGCUACAUCUCCCUUUCUGUUGGGAGCCAAUCCCCAGGAGACUUGAAUCAGUUAGUUGGAUGAAGGAGCAGCAUUCCGGUGCAGGUGGGCACCCUGAGUGAAGUUUGGAAACUGUCGGCCCCCGUGGGUGGGUUCUCUACCACGACCGAGACUCUCUCUGUCAGGCAGGGCCUAACUCCACAUUCUGUGUUCUCUGUUAAUCUCUUAACAAAAGCUAUGACACAAGUUCAACAACCUAUACAACCAGUGAGCCGUCACGUGACACUGGCAAAACUGCUCGGUCAACUUUUUGCAUCCCCCCCCCCCAGCGUCCACUUGUGAAAGCCCAUGUUCAGAUGGAAAUGGGAACACACACCAAAACAGAUGUUGAAGGGGUGUCUGGUAGUUUUUGUAAUUACCAAAAAGCUGAUAUCACUGAGCUCUUUAGGGUCAUAGCCACAGUAUUUCAAAACAUUUAUGACUCUUAAAGCCUAAUGGCGUCAGAGCAGGGGCCAAACGGCUCUUCCUACUGCCGUGUGUCUCCACAAGUCACGUCCUUACCACUUACUGUUGCUGUAUAUCAGUGGCCCUGUGUUGUGAGGCACCUUCUUGACUGUUAUCUAUCAAUUCCAGUCUUUCUGCAGUAGCAUAACAUGAUCCCUUAAGCUGACCAGAGCGCUGCAACGCACUUUAAGGCUCUAUUAUUUUAUAGUUACACUUUCUCCAUAGCACAUACUCUGUGCACAUUGUUCAUACCGGGAUAUUUGCAAAGCAGAAGCUGAAAGUAUCCCAUAUUCAGCUACAUGCUGAUGGUUGUUAGCUUACAACACAGAUGUUCAAAGAAGAGAGAUAACCUAAAGGUCAUACACUUUGGAACACUUAAUGCAAGAAUUUCCAUCACAGUUGUUAGAGAGAUCGUUAAAAAACACAAGCUCACCAGAUAUAUAAUAAAUGUUCAAUAAAGGUUGUUUGUGUAUUUGUGUCAGUAAACUGUCUAAAUGCCGUUGUUUUAUGUUGUUUUGUCUCUUGUCUGAUUUAGCAAUUGUAUUUAAUGACUAGGAACAAUUAAACUGAGCCCAAAGAAGUACUGCUGUUGGACUGAACAGAUGACAGAAAGGAACAUGUGUUAUGGGAUUACGCAAUAAAACAGAAAGUUGCUCAGUAACUUUUUUCCAAAGCAGAGGAUAUUUAAAUCCUCCCAGACUAAACUUGUUUCCUCUUGGUUUAUACAGCGCCUUGUAAAAGUGUGAAUAUCCCUUGACCUUUUUGUCCCUUUACACCCACAAACGUUAUUUUAUUUUGCUUACUUGUGUGUCAGACCAUCAGAAACUUGGCAAGAACAUGAUUCUCAAUGAUUCUACAAAUAAAAUGUGAAAGGUGGGAUGUGCUCGAGUUUAUGUAUGUGUCUCUACCAGCUUUGUUUAUCUAAAGACUGGGACAUUUGUCCAUUGGAAGGAGAGUGUCUGUGAACAUAAAUUUUCAACUUUCCUCACAGAUUCUGACAUGGAUUUAAGUCUGGACUUCUACCAAGCCAUUUUACUACAUGAAAAUGCUUAGAUAUGAACCAUUCCAUUGUUGCUCUGGCUAUGUAUUUAGGGUGGCUGCUGGAAGUAGAAUCUCUGCACCACUCUGAAGUCUGUUUUUCAGCCUCUAACAGCUUUUCUUGCAUGAUUGCCCUGUAGCUAAAUACACUCUCCCUUCAAAUAUGACCAGCCUUCCUUUCCCUUCUGAAGAAAACCAAUCCCACAUCAUGAUACUGCCACUACCAUGUUACGUGAGAACGAUGUGUUCAGGGUGAUGUUUAGUGUUAGAUUUCCACCAUAAACUCUGUGUUACAUGGGUUAGGCCACUUUUUGUCUCACCUGUAUGGAUCACCUUCAACGUGUUUGCUGUGUUCCCCACAUGGCUUGUAGAGAACUGGCAGCUAACUACAAAUGCAUAUCACACUUUUCAGAUUUUCAGUUGUCAUAAAAACUGAAAACCAUAGAUAAUUUUCCUUACACUUACAAGUUAUGGGCUGCUUUACUAUGGUCUGUCAUCUAAAAUCCCAAAAAGAUGCAAUAGAAUUUGUGGCUGUAACAUUAUGCAAAAAGGUUCAAGGUAUAUGAAUAUUUUCGCUAGGCACUGCAGCUUAUAUUCAUGUGUCAGUGUCUCAAUGUUUUCCUUGUUGUGGUCCGUGUUUAAAUGUCUUAUGCCGCUAAAUGACUGCCAAUAAAAAAACCUGUCCAAACUGA